AUGUGUGCUGCUUUAAACUCGUCGCCGUCGCCACUUCGCAGUUCACAUGUUUCUGCUCCGACGGCGGCUGCUGCUGCUGCUGCUUCAGCAACAACCAACAGAACAAGGGAUAAGUCCUACGAUUACCUGUUAAAGUUUUUACUUGUUGGUGAUAGUGAUGUUGGUAAAGAAGAAUUGCUUUCAGGGAUGGACGACGGAGCUUCUGAAUCUCCAUACGGAUAUGCUAGUAGUGGCAUUGACUACAAAACUACGACAAUUCUGUUAGAUGGCAAGCGAGUCAAACUGCAGCUGUGGGUGACCUCUGGGCAAGGUCGUUUCUGUACAAUUUUACGGUCAUAUUCUAGAGGAGCUCAGGGGAUUCUCCUGGUCUAUGAUAUUACAAACAAGUGGUCUUUUGAUGGCAUUGACAGAUGGAUCAAAGAAAUCGAUGAGCAUGCCCCAGGUGUUCCUAAGAUUUUGGUGGGAAACCGCCUCCACUUGGCCUUUCGCCGCCAGAUCAGCGAAGCAUGUGCGGAGCAGUACGCGGAGAAAAACAACAUGGCAUUUUUUGAAGUGAGUCCCCUGUGCGACUUUAAUGUCACGGAGUCGUUUGCUGAACUGUCUCGUUUGGCUUUGAAGAGAAAUGGAAUGAGUAGAGCAUUCGGCUUCAACAGAGUGUUCAGCCUCCAGGAACUGGCAUGCCGGACCGUAGUCUCCUGUACGACAAUCUACGGCAUCGAGCAACUGCCCCUGCCCAACAGCAUCAAGUCCCACCUCAAGUCCUACGCACUGACCAACAAGACACGGGCUCGAAUGUUGAACUUUGUCCACCGGGACAAACACAAGAAAGUCAAAUAUUUGAACCCAUGUGAGUCGCCUCCAAUGAACUGUAGAAAGAGCUGUGUGGUCAGCUAG